AUGCGUGUUCAUGUCUUUGGCAACCGUCCCUCCCCUGCUGUUGCUAAUUUGGGUCUUCAGAAGACUGCUGAAAUUAGCGAAACUGAAUUUGGCAGUUAUGUUCAGAAGUUUGUUUCUUCUGAUUUUGAUGUGGAUGAUAGACUUACCUCGACAGAUACUCCCGAGCAAGCCAUUGACCUGAUGAAACGUACCCAGACAGCCCUAUGUACUUCUGGACGCCUUCGCCUACACAAAAUUGCUUCGAACUCCGAAGAGGUAAUGGCAGCCUUUCCUCCCGAAGACCUUGCAAAAGACCUAGCAUCUUUGGAUCUCACCAAGGAUGAUUUGCCUCUCCAAAUUAGCCUUGGGCUGUCUUGGAAUCUUCGAAAAGAUUGUUUUACCUUUCAGGUUUCCGACACGGAGAAACCGUUCACUCGUCGAGGUGUCCUUUCUGUUGUCAAUAGUCUGUAUGAUCCCUUGGGUUUUGUUGCCCCUGUUACCAUUGUUGGUAAAAUGUUGCUAAAAGAGAUGAACGCUUCAAAUGGGGAUUGGGAUGACCCAUUGCCUGAGAAGUAUUUUUCAACAUGGAUGAGAAGACAAUAG